AUGAUCAAUCUUUCCUCUUCUUCGACUUUGACUGUUUUGUUGAUCAUCAGUACUGUGUUAUUCGGCUUUGCAAAUUGUGCUAUCUUUUGGACCGCAAAUUUAGGCACGUCUUGUGAUUUUGUUAAUAAUGAUUUUUUCAAUGCUCGAACUUCAAAGGAUGAUUGUCAAUCGAAAUGUAACACAACUGAAGGAUGCACCCAUUUUACGUGGACUAAUUGGAAUAGUGGAACUUGUUGGAUGAAAAAAGGAAUUGUUGAAAAAGACGAUGCAUUCUCAACUACUGAUCCUGAUAUGAUCUGUGGUGUUAUGCAAAACGAUAGCUACACCACACCAGCCACUACUGGUGAGACUUCGACAUCGAUUACAACAACAAUUGUUAUAAAUCAAGCUGGAAUAACAUCUAUUUCACGUUUAAUGUUAUUUGUGAUGUUUCUAUUUCAUUUUUUGCUAUUUUAUUACUAA